CUCUGCUCUGCUUGCUCUACGAAUUGACAGAUGUGCUUGGCUUGAAGAAGCAUACAUUUCUUGAUGGGAAGAAAACUCUUGUUUAGUUUCUCACUUUUGUUCUUAUGUAUGGUGUUUUCAGUCAGUUUGGAUCAGAUACUUGCCAGGAAGAAUGUAGGUUCUCAGGCGUCUUCCAGUAAAGAAGUGAUUGUACGGAACGGUCAAAGGAACAGUGGAGAGGUGAAACCAGCCCAGAAUGUCACAACGAUACCCAGCUCACAGAUUUUCAACUAUAGUCUGAGCAAAAACCACUGGAGUACAUUCAGCCAUCACAACCCUGUUACGUUCUCCAGGGAUGGGAUUCCCUGCAUCCUCUUCUGGACUAAAAGAAUCACAGUUAAAUUUAAGAAUCAGACGUGGCUAGACCUCACGGAUGAAGCACUUGGUCAAAAUACCACCGUGGACACUGGCAACUCUAACUGCAGUGAGGAAAGUGCCACGUUGUCUUUAAAGUUUGGUGAUGCUGAAGAUCCCAAGGGUAUUGACAUAAGGUUCACCCUAACCAAGUACAACAAGCUGUCCAGCCAGAGUUGGUUUAGUUUACACCGCGUCGAGAUAAUCUUCAACAAUUCGGUGCAAGCAACUUUUAAUGCAACCGGUAUAUAUGCUCUGUCAGCUUACUCGUACCGUUGCCAACGCGUCAGCAGCCUGCGGCGGAGUGAUGCCCUACUGUUGCUUAGCAGCUCAGAUGAUGUGACAAGCCUAUGGGAAGUCACGUUUAUUGAUUUCCAGAUCCAAGGCUUCACCAUUAAGGGGGCACAGUUUGCUCAGGCCCGAGACUGCAGCUCUUCCUUCUCACCUGCUGUUCUGAUUGGCCUGGCCAUGUCUCUGAUUCUGUUGCUGGUGUUGGCCUAUGCUCUGCACAUGCUCAUCUACCUGCGCUAUCUGGAUCGUCACUACGAGUUCAUUACCUCUCCUGCCCACUUCCCAUCUCUGAGAACUCUAGAUACAGGGGAGGAGAAGGAACUUCUGGGGAGCCAGGGAGCUGAAUGCUACGAGCUACGAAACCAACAGAUCUGCAAAAUCUAUAUUUAACAGCACUAGUCUCUGUCUCCUCACCAAGGCCAAACCUUCUCUGAAAGACAUUGUUCUCUUUUGUGAUGUCUGACUUGUGAAUUGUUUGAUUAAAAAA